AUGGAUGGUAUUGAACUGCUGGCCCGUGCCAACAGCAACGAUUCCGAGAGGACAAAGCUGCUCAAGCAGGUGCUCCUGUCCUCGUCCAAGCUUCACAGGGAGCUUCGUGUGACCUUGGGCACACCUGCCCCCAAAGCGAGCAAGUUUGGCACCUUUGUACCGAGCGCCACGCUCAAGAGACAAAAGGAGUUACAAGCUGCAAGCCCGUUGGCAGCGUCGUUGAAAGAAAAGCUCGAGCUUUGUGCGCAAGGCGAUUCCGACAUUUGCGAGACUGUGACGCCUGGACGAGAGCUCUCGCCAGUGCUGAGGUCUUGCGGGGCGAGAAUCGGCAACCUUUCAGAUAGACUUUCCGCAGUGGAGGGGCAGUUGGUUCUGCGCGGCGGUGCUUUACCUGCACGGGAGGAGGAGGAGACCCAUCUCAUCGAAAUCGUCCCAAGGGGACAGCAGGCCUCAGCAGCCACGCGGCACAAAGCCGAAGCGGCUGCAGAGCGGGCCCUGCAGCAGCAUGCCCGCUUCGCCGCACUGGAGGACUUGCAAAAUACUCUCCAAACACGGUUUUCAUACGAUGACCUGCGGCAGGCAUUCCCGCGCAGGUCGCGCUGGAAUCCAAAUCUCUACCUUCUGACAGACGAGACCUUGAAGAAUCCGGCUGAGUUCAAGGAGGGAGACCACAUUAGACUUGCAUUGUGUGUUCCCGUUGCUGGUGGCUGUGCAGUGGCUCUCCGCUGUCCCUCUAGUAACAGCAGCAGCAGCAGCAGCAGCACUAGUCGUAGUAGUCGUAGUCGUCGUAGUCGUAGUCUUAGUAGUAGUAGUAGUAGUAGUAGUAGUAGUAGUAGUAGUAGUAGUAGUAGUAGUAGUAGUAGUAGUAGUAGUAGUAGUAGCAUAGUAGCAGCAGCAGUAGCAGCAGUGUAG